UCCUGCCUCCUCCUCCUCCUCCUCGGGGGCGCGCUCGCCCGCCCGGGAGCGCGCAGUGCGGUGCGGCGAUCCCCGGCUGCGGCGAUCCCGGCGCUUCGGUGUGGCUGAGGACCCAACAGCCAUCAGCUCUCCCUGGGGGAGCAGGUGAGGUCAUAGCAUCAUCCUGAUAUCCAACAUGGUCCUGCACAGCCACCAGCUCACCUGCGCAGGGAUCGCAUUCGCUCUGUGCCUCCACCACCUCAUCAGCGCCAUUGAAGUCCCUCUGGAUUUGCCUCAGCCCCCCACCAUCACCAAGCAGUCUGUGAAGGAUUACAUCGUUGACCCCCGUGACAACAUCUUCAUUGAAUGUGAAGCCAAAGGGAAUCCUGUUCCCACCUUUUCAUGGACACGGAACGGGAAGUUCUUCAAUGUGGCCAAGGACCCCAAAGUGUCCAUGAGGAGGCGAUCGGGGACGUUGGUCAUCGAUUUCCAUGGGGGUGGGAGGCCGGAUGACUAUGAGGGCGAGUACCAAUGCUUUGCCCGGAAUGAUUUUGGCACUGCACUGUCCAACAAAAUCCACCUCCAGGUGUCCAGAUCUCCCCUGUGGCCCAAGGAGAAGGUGGAUGUCAUUGAGGUUGAUGAAGGUGCUCCGCUCAGCCUGCAGUGCAACCCGCCUCCCGGUCUGCCUCCUCCUGUCAUCUUCUGGAUGAGCAGCUCCAUGGAGCCCAUCCACCAGGACAAGCGUGUCUCCCAAGGCCAGAAUGGUGACCUGUACUUCUCCAAUGUCAUGCUGCAGGAUGCUCAGACUGACUACAGCUGCAACGCACGCUUCCACUUCACCCACACCAUCCAGCAGAAAAAUCCCUUCACCCUCAAGGUGAAAACCAAGAAACCCCAUAACGAAACGUCCUUACGAAAUCACACUGACAUGUACAGUGCCCGAGGGGUAACAGAAACAACACCCAGCUUCAUGUACCCAUAUGGGACCUCCAGCAGCCAGAUGGUGCUCCGUGGGGUGGACCUCUUGCUGGAGUGCAUUGCAUCAGGAGUACCAGCACCAGACAUCAUGUGGUACAAGAAAGGAGGUGAGCUCCCAGCGGGCAAAACCAAGCUGGAAAACUUUAACAAGGCCCUUCGUAUCUCCAAUGUCUCAGAAGAAGAUUCUGGGGAGUAUUUCUGCCUGGCAUCCAACAAGAUGGGCAGCAUCCGCCACACGAUCUCGGUGAGAGUGAAGGCUGCCCCAUAUUGGCUGGAUGAGCCACAGAAUCUCAUUUUGGCCCCUGGUGAGGACGGCAGGUUGGUGUGUCGAGCCAAUGGGAACCCCAAGCCUUCAAUCCAGUGGUUGGUGAAUGGAGAGCCCAUUGAAGGUGCUCCACCCAACCCAAGCAGAGAAGUGGCUGGAGAUACCAUUGUGUUUCGAGACACGCAGAUUGGCAGCAGUGCUGUGUACCAAUGCAAUGCUUCCAAUGAGCAUGGCUACCUCCUUGCCAAUGCCUUUGUCAGUGUCCUGGAUGUGCCACCACGGAUACUGGCCCCUCGCAACCAGCUCAUCAAAGUCAUCCAGUACAACAGGACCAGGCUGGACUGCCCCUUUUUCGGUUCACCCAUCCCCACCCUGCGAUGGUUUAAGAACGGCCAGGGGAACAUGCUGGAUGGAGGGAACUACAAAGCACAUGAAAACGGGAGCUUGGAGAUGAGCAUGGCUCGGAAGGAGGAUCAGGGCAUCUACACCUGCGUUGCCACCAACAUCCUGGGCAAAGUGGAGGCCCAGGUUCGACUGGAAGUCAAAGACCCCACCAGGAUUGUGAGAGGCCCCGAAGAUCAGGUGGUAAAGAGGGGCUCCAUGCCUCGCCUGCACUGUCGCGUGAAGCACGACCCAACAUUGAAGCUUACGGUCACCUGGCUGAAGGACGACGCUCCUCUCUACAUUGGGAACAGGAUGAAGAAAGAAGAUGAUGGUCUGACAAUAUACGGAGUGGCUGAGAAGGACCAGGGUGACUACACCUGUGUGGCCAGCACAGAGCUGGACAAGGACUCAGCUAAAGCCUACCUCACUGUGCUAGCAACCCCUGCUAACCGUUUGAGAGAGUUACCUAAAGAGAGACCUGAUCGGCCCCGGGACCUGGAGCUGUCAGACCUGGCUGAGAGGAGCGUGAAGCUGACGUGGAUACCUGGUGAUGAUAACAACAGCCCCAUCACAGAUUACAUUGUCCAGUUUGAGGAGGAUCGUUUCCAACCCGGCACGUGGCACAACCACUCCAGGUAUCCUGGGAAUGUCAACUCCGCCGUCCUGAGCCUCUCUCCUUAUGUCAACUAUCAAUUUCGGGUGAUUGCAGUGAACGACGUGGGCAGCAGCCUGCCCAGCACACCCUCAGAACGAUACCAGACCAGCGGGGCACGACCUGAAAUUAACCCAACAGGAGUUCAAGGAGCAGGGACCCAAAAAAACAACAUGGAGAUAACCUGGACGCCUCUAAAUGCAACACAAGCCUAUGGACCCAACCUCCGUUACAUCGUGCGAUGGAGGCGAAGGGACCCACGUGGGAGUUGGUACAAUGAGACAGUGAAGGCACCACGGCACGUCGUUUGGAACACACCCAUCUACGUCCCCUACGAGAUCAAAGUGCAGGCAGAGAAUGACUUUGGUAGAGCACCAGAGCCUGAGACCUACAUUGGCUACUCAGGGGAAGAUUAUCCUAAGGCUGCACCUACGGAUGUUAGGAUAAGAGUUCUAAACAGCACUGCCAUUGCUUUGACAUGGACCCGCGUGCACCUGGACACCAUUCAGGGACAGCUUAAAGAGUACAGAGCUUAUUUCUGGAGAGACAGUAGUUUGCUGAAGAACCUGUGGGUCUCCAAAAAACGGCAAUAUGUGAGUUUUCCUGGAGACCGAAAUCGGGGCAUAGUGUCCCGGCUGUUCCCUUACAGCAACUACAAGCUUGAGAUGGUUGUAACCAACGGGAGAGGCGAUGGGCCCCGCAGCGAAGUCAAGGAGUUCCCUACACCUGAAGGAGUGCCCAGCUCCCCCAGGUACUUAAGAAUCCGACAGCCAAAUCUGGAAAGCAUCAAUUUGGAGUGGGAUCACCCAGAACAUCCCAAUGGAGUCCUCACAGGAUACAGCCUUAGAUAUCAAGCCUUUAACGGAUCCAAAACGGGCAGAACUCUGGUAGAGACCUUCUCUCCCAACCAGACAAGGUUCACCGUGCAGAGGACAGACCCCAUCUCACGCUAUCGAUUCUUCCUGCGUGCUCGGACACAGGUGGGAGAUGGAGAAGCCAUAGUGGAAGAGUCACCAGCACUGCUAAAUGAAGCCACGCCAACCCCAGCCUCCACCUGGUUGCCUCCACCUACAACCGAGCUAACUCCAGCAGCCACCACUGCCACCACAACCACCACCGCCACCCCUACUACUGAAACCCCUCCUCCUACUGAAAUCCCUACUACUGAAAUCCCUACCACCAUCACUACUACAACCACCACAGCUGCCAGCACCGUCGCAAGCACUACAACAACUGCAGAGAGGGCUGCGGCAGCCACCACAAAGCAGGAGCUGGCCACCAAUGGAUCGUCCAUAUGGGACAUAAGAGCUUGGGCUAAUAGUAACUGGGCAAACAUCACCUGGAGCCACAAUUACUCUGCAGGAACUGACUUUGUGGUUAAGUAUAUCACCAGUAACAAGACAGAGAAAUCUAUCCCCGUUAAAGCUCAGACCCCCUCCUCUGUGCAGCUGGCCAAUCUGACGCCGGGGAUGGUGUACAAGCUGUGGGUGUUCCCCAUAUGGUCUAGCCCCAGCGAGCACUCGUACAUAACCUUUACCACCAGCUCAGCUUACACCAAGAACCACGUGGAUAUCGCGACCCAGGGCUGGUUCAUCGGGCUCAUGUGUGCCAUCGCUCUCCUGGUCCUCAUUCUGCUAAUUGUUUGCUUCAUUAAGAGGAGCAGAGGAGGGAAAUAUCCAGUGCGUGACAACAAAGAUGAGCAUCUGAAUCCUGAAGACAAGAAUGUAGAAGAUGGUUCAUUCGACUACAGGUCUCUUGAAAGCGAUGAAGACAACAAACCACUGCCCAACAGCCAGACCUCCCUGGAUGGCACGAUAAAGCAGCAGGAGAGCGACGACAGCUUGGUGGACUAUGGAGAGGGUGGGGAAGGGCAGUUCAACGAGGACGGCUCCUUCAUUGGCCAGUACACAGUGAAAAAGGACAAGGAGGAGACAGAAGGCAAUGAGAGCUCGGAAGCCACGUCCCCAGUCAAUGCUAUCUACUCAUUAGCAUAGUGCAACGCAAUGGGACCGUGAACAGCUUAUGGGGCUUGUAGUGGCUGGAGGUUAAACAGCCACCACCGCCACUGCCUCUAACUCAACAUACAAAUGAAAACCAACCAAUGACACACACAAAACAAAACAAAAAAAAAGAAACAAAAAAAAAAAAAAAAAAAAAAAAAAAAAAAAAAAAAAAAGAAAAAAAAAGAAAAAGGGGAAAAAAAUAGGAAAAACAUAAUCUAAGCAAACAGGCAGAUCAGGUAGCUGCCAAUGCCAUCUUAUCCUUAGCAAACAAGUAAAUGGCAAGGACUCCCGAGGCGUGGAUGAGUUGUAGAUGUAGCCAGAAUCAGAGCUGAAGCGCAGGGAUGGAGGGAUGCAGGAGUGCUGUACUUGGCUCCCCAUGUCCUUUUUCUUCUUUUGGGAGGGAGUUUAAAGUUUUGGUUUGUUUUUUUUUAAUUUUACAUUUAUAGGAAGGUUCCAGAUAACGGGGGGUGGGAAGGAAAAGGGAAUCUGGGGGAGGAAAAAGGGCUGAGCAGAGCAACAAGCCUAUUGAAAAUGUAUGAAGGAGAGUGGUUUCUAUAUGGGCAACGCGAUAUUGCAUUACAGCAAUGUCCAUUCUCAUGCAGCACCUUGUCUACAGCCUCUUCCAAACCUUCCUAAAAGAUCAAGCAGCAACUGAAGCUGAGAAGUGUGGGUCUCCAACACUGUGGGACAGAGCCCUGGGGGCCACUAGGCCCAAAUCAUGGGGACCCCAAGAGGAUGAGGAGCUGCUGGAAUGUGCUGCAGUACAGCUAAGAGCUACUUGCCCACCAAGGCUGGCUCACCGCAUCACUUGCCUGAGGAAGCACAGGCAAAACAUUUUGUUUCAGCCUUUGCUUUGUAAGAAGAUGGGGGAAAAUUCCCCUCCCCAGACCAUGCCUGCUUUCUUUUAAAGGCAACUCCAUAAAUCUUAUGUAGCAAAGAGAGAGUGGAAGCAGGACCGGUACAAACAAGGGAUGAGGGGACCAGAAACGGCUUAUUUUAAGAAACAAAAUGAAAGCCACCAACCACUCGGUCAGGCUGAGACAUACUACCUGGGAGUGGGGUGUGGGACCCCAACUAUUGCCCUGUACACUGCUCCAGCACACCAGGGACAUAUGUCCCUCAGGAACAGCAGUGGGACACCGAGGUCCCCCCAGCAGCAGGUAUGUGCCAGGUUGGGCAUUCUCAGCUAAACCCUAAUUUCUUACAGUGGCCUUUCCUCCCCCAUCCCCCUCAAUCAAUCAGCCUGGAGAGAUGCUUCCACAUGCACGGAACUCGCCUCUGCUGUUCUUUACAUAUCAAAACCCCACGCAAUUUACAUUCAAGCCUGGGAAACACACUGUAACAAAAGCGUCUCGUAUAGGAGUGCUCCUUCACAUGCCUUACACAGCUUCCAACGUCCCAGGACGUUUAACAAACUGACACUAACCCCCACCCCGCUUCGCUCCCCAACGCAAUGGCCUCGGGGAGCAGUAGGAGUAUGACGCUGGAUAGCUCCCAACUGGGAACGCAUGGAUCCUAUAGAGGGUAGAGUCUUAGUGGCCAACGCUGUGUGUGUAUCCUCCCACUUCCUGCACUUUUGAAACCAAAGGUACCUUUGCUGAGAAGAGAUCGGAUUCCUUCAGACGUCGAAUGAUGUUAGGAUGGAUUUUUUUUCUUUCGUUUCUUUCCUAAGGAGGAGGGUUUUUGUUCAGCUUAAUGGAUUAAACGCAAUAGGAUUAAUGCAAUUAUUCUUUCGGCUUUCGAGCUGGUUUGCUACGAAGACAUAUCGCUAACGAGAACAUUACUAAUAGGGAUUGCUCAGAUGUACUUUGCCACAUUCUUGAAGCUGCUAAUGGCACAAUGAUCCUGCACUUUGGGGAGGAGAGCCAGGACCGGGUCAACAUUAACAGAGCAAAUGGGAGAGAACAGGAUGCAAGCAGUCAGCAGGCGGGUGACAUGCACCUCACCCCGACCCCAACCUUACAGCUGGGGCUCCAGGACAGCACAGGAGCCAUCUGCCAGGGUCCUUCCCAAUGUCAUCUUGUAGGGUAGGGCCACAUGUGCUGCUGCUACCCUCCAUGUAAAAGCACUCAUGCAACAGAUCCAUUCCUGCUGCUUCCACCACCGGCUUCUCUAAGGAGAGCAUCCCCAGCCUAUCCCACAAUUGCAUUUCAGUUCUUAAGCAAACCCAUUAAGCCAAACAUAAUGCAGCUCUCAGUUAUGGGGCUGGCUGCUUCCUGAGCACACAGCUGUCUGUAUGUAUGAACCUGUAUAGCUUGGAGGGAAAGCAACCUGCAGCCACUGCUAUAAAGAAGCAGCUUCUGCAGUGGGAAUUGGGAGCCUUGGGUACCACACAGCAUCCCCAGCCCUCAAGGAGGUAUCAGUCCUGGCAGCAGGGCAGGCUGUGCCAUGUGUCUGCUAUGUGCCAUUUGUAUUAACACUGGUGUUUGUGUCCUGCCAUUAACCUCUUUGCAUCUUGCUGUAAGCUGGGCAGUGUUUACCCUGCAGCUUUUCCAUGCUUGCCCAGUGCACUGUGGCUUCAGUGAGCCCCCAAAAAGGUCUCACAGAAACACUGACAAAGUCUGAGCAGCAACUUCCUUGUGAUCAAUCAGGAAAGGAAGGCAAUGAGGACCCAUGAAUGAAUGGUUCAGUGUAAUUUUUGUGGGCUUGUACUUCUGGGGUGUAAAUUUACUCAAAAAUCAGAAGUUAUAGUAAAAUAACAACAACAAUAACAACAAAACCUAUGUCAUUUGCAAGUUGCCCUGAAGUUUCAGCAGGGACAAGCAGAGGGCUGUGGGGAGGCUCUGUGCCAGCCCCAGGGCUGGGCCCUGCAGUGCCCAUCCCUAUAGGACCUCUUGGAACAGGUCACAUUCUGGCCACCUCUUGUGCAGAAAAUGCAUCAUGAGGAUGAAAAGCAGGGAGAAGCAUACACGUCCAGCUGGUGCCAACCAUGGAGCACAGGCAUGGGACAGGAGAGAGUGGUUGUUGCUUUGAUGCAAUGCUGAUACUGAUCCUAUUUUCCCUGAAGCGAUGUUGCAGUGAGGACAAAAGUGCUGCAAGAAGCACUGAGAGACAGUACAAACCUUCCUGAAACCCUGCUUGUGGAAACACCAACAGCCCACCCCCACAAGACCCUCACACAGCACAGCCUUCUUGCAGAGGAAAGUCCCUGCAAGAUGGCCACUUCUGCCUCCAAGGAUAGAACUGGCAAGGCAGAACAAGCUGCUGUGGGGUUGGGGUGAGGGCACGCAGUAACAUCCCUUGCAAGUCCUAUUCAUCUAUUCUACAACCCAUUAAUUCCUUAUCUCAUCCAUUCAUCCUGUAUCUCAUCCAUCCAUCCCAUGCUCUCCUCAUCUCUUCUGUACUUCAUCCAUCCACCCUGCUCCCUAUUUAUCCAUCCAUCCCAUAGCCCAUCCAUUCAUCCUGGUGCCCAUCCAUCCUUCUAUCCUGCACACACCAUUCUGUAUCUCACCCAUCUCAUGCCCCAUCAGGCCUACUGCCUAUCCACCCUAUAGAUCCACAUCUAUCCACUACCUCUCCUCAGUGCAGGUCCCAGCAGAGCUGUGCCCUCAACCUGCAACAUAACAUCAACCGUACCAGGCUCAAUUGUGUACUAGCAGCAAACAAUUUCAGUUAAGCAAUAAAAAUAAACAAACCAUGUAAACGUAAAAAUAAUAAUAAUAAUAAUAAAACCAACCCACCCACCUCCUAUUUCUUGCACUAAGACCUGUUUUAUUGAAGAGAAUAACAGUGAGUUUCUGGUCCUAACACAACGCCCUGCUGCACCAGCAGCUCCCCCUGCCCAGCAUCACCUGUCUCUGUGUCCUUUGCAAGUGGGCAUCAGCCUUUGGUUGUCCAACACAGAUCAAACCCUGUGUCAAACCCACAAAACCAACUUCUUCCUUUGCAGUACAGCGUUCUAAAUGUUCGUUUCUUCCUCUCUCGUCAGAAGGAAAAAUAUUGGACUGUUUUUGUUUCCCUUUAAUUUGUAAAUAUAUCCUCAUCUGUCCUCUCUGUAAAACCACCUGGUUGGUCUAAAUAUUCUAUGUAUUUAUUUGCCUUUUUUUUUUAAUGCAAAAAAAAAAUCAACACCUUUGCGUUAACCCACUUGUUUCAAUGAGAAAUGUAUAUCCGAA